AUGCAGACCUACAGGGAGGGCCAAAGCACCAGAACCCGCAGCCGCACGCGGGGAGGGGCUGUCGAGACCUUCCAGCAGCUGCGCGACACCACGAGCCAGGCAUCCAGCUCGAGCAGUGGCCUGACUGCGGAAGAGCGCAUGGCGACCCUCCGCGGGGUGAACCAGCUCGCGGAUGUGCUGAAGGAGGCCAUCAAAAGGAAGUAA